ACCAUUUCAGGCCCUAUCCCAUGGCAUGCUUUCCAGCUCUUCCUGCCCUGUGAUUGUGAAGAACACAAAACUGAAAACCCACUGACUACUUCCUUCCCUGUUCCUGUUUAUCCUUUCUCCCCACUGGUGGCAGGAAUCAAGCGACGAGCAAGUGAUGACGUCGUCGUCAUCAUCGUUAUUUGCUUCUCAUCUCUCCCUCGUCCCGCAGCGCGUCCCACUAUCCUCUGCUCACUUCCGGCCACUCCACUCAAAUUCAUUUGGGUUUGUUGUUAAAUCAAGUCUGGAGAACGAUGGUUCCGCUCCUGAAAGUUCGGGAACUUCAGACUUUCCAGUCACACCAAAGGAAUCCCAAACAUCAACAUCAAGACGUUGGUGUCUUACGUGUAUAUGUUCAACUGUGGCUUUGAUCGGUAAUUCCUCAGUUUCGCUUUCUGUUCCAAGGGCAAAUGCUUCAGAUGGAAAAGAAAAGCCUGUGUGCCGUAAUUGUCAGGGCUCUGGUGCUGUACUUUGUGACAUGUGUGGUGGUACUGGCAAAUGGAAAGCCCUCAACAGGAAGCGUGCGAAAGAUGUCUAUGAGUUCACAGAAUGCCCUAAUUGCUAUGGUAGAGGUAAACUUGUGUGUCCUGUCUGUUUGGGCACUGGUUUACCGAAUAAUAAAGGUCUUCUUAGAAGGCCUGAUGCAAAACAGCUGCUUGAUAAGAUGUACAAUGGUCGGUUAGUGCCCAACUCAUAAGGAUCAGAAAAUAAAUGGGAAGAGGAUAAUGGUGAUCAGGGCCUUAGUUGACAACUUACUCAUAUACACCAACAAGAAAUUAUGCAUGAUUCGAGCUUAGUAAAUAGAGUCACUGACUGGAUGAAUGGCUCAUGGGAGUAUAUCCAAACAGUUGGAAGCAACCUGGCAACAGUACAUAGUCGGUAUAUGACCAACGGAAAGCUUUCUGGACAGGGAAAAUCCCACGAGAGGAUUGUUAAGUUGUUGGAUUUGGCAAAAUCAUCUUGUAUCAUCCUUAUUUGCCCACCAUAAAGGCAUAAAUUAUAUGUCAACUUGAGGUGCAUUCUUAGCAGGCAAUAGAAUUAAGUUUAUAAGUCAUGCAUGGCUCGAGAUUAUCCAAGCUGUUAUAUAGUAUUCUGUUUAUUGAUGGAUCAGGCAAGUCUCUUGCAGCUUUCGAUCAUAUGCUAAUUCGAUAUAUGAGAGAAACAGCUAUCAGCAACUUAUACGAUAACGGUC